UUUGCUUUUUAAGGAAUACUAUAAUAAAUAAUAUCCACGUUAAUUUGUAUUUUAAAUAAAAAUUUUACAUAAAUGUGAGUUUUAAUAUGUUCUAUGGAUUUAAAUCAGCUAAAAAUAUCAGUAAAUUAAAAAUAUUUGCUGUUUUUUUUAACUGUUACAUAUUUUUUGGUACUUUUGCUGCCAGAUUAAAUUUUUUUCCCCCGUUUUUAUUUUUUUUAGAUCAGAGUUCUUCAUCAGAUCAGUCUGCUGCUUCAUGUUAAAUCUAAAUAUUGUUUGAUGGUAAAUCUCGUUUUUUUUCUGCUGUUUGUUUGUAGAUUUCCCUCCAAAUGUUCCUCUCCUCGGAGCUUUUCUUUGUUUUCGGCUUUAAAUCCGACACCAACUGUCUGCUGGCUGUCCAUCGGCUCCUUUUCAUUCUGACGUUCUGCUGACGUUCUGCUGGGGUUCUGCAGGAACACGAGGCCGAUGUCCGUUAUCAUUUCUAAUCUUUUGAUCUGCACAGACCAUAAUAAUCCGCCACAUGCCUCCCUGAUUAUCGACGUAACAGAUAAACCCUGCAGGUCGACGAGGUUUAGAGGCUGCAGAGAAAACCACCGUUUUAUCGUCUGGUGUUCAGAAUUCACCGUAAAGUCUGAAAAAAACGAAAGAAAAAGACGUAAAACAUCCAGCAGGGUUCAAGUUUUACCAGAAAACUGCUUUAAGACUUUAUUUAGACGACAGUUUGCAUCUUUAACGGAAAUCAAAGCGUUUUACCUUCAGAACAGCCUCAGUUCUCCUCAGUAAACCUGCUGGUUCUGGUUCAGACCAGUUCAGACCGGUUUAUAGUGGUUCAGACCAGUUCAGACCGGUUUAUAGUGGUUCAGACCGGUUUAUAGUGGUUCAGACCAGUUCAGACCGGUUCAGACCGGUUUAUAGUGGCUCAGAGUGGCUUUAUGGAGGUUUUACGUUGGAUCUGAACUAAUUUUACUUGUUGAGUUUUACUAAUUCUAGAUUUGUUUUUUAUUUUAUCUUAGACUGGUUUUGGAGUUGGUUUUAGACUAGCUUUAAGACUUGGUUCCAGACUUGGUUAAGACCACUUUUGGACUACUUGUAGAUUCUUUAGUUUUAGUUCUUUGGGACUUAGUUCCGGAGUUUUGUUUUGGACUGAUUUUAGACUCUUGUGGUCCGGCUUUAGACUGGUUUAGACUUGGUCCAGGAGUUGGUUUUAGAGUCAUUUUAGACUGGUUGAACUUGGUCUUGGAACUGGUUUUAGACUGGUUUCAGACUUGGUUUUGGAGGUCUCUUGCAACUGGUUUUCGACAUGGUCCUGGAGUUAGAGUUAGACUGGAUUCAGACUGGAUUUUAGAUUAGUUUUGGACAGGUUUUAGUUUAAUUUUUGACAUGGUUUUGGACUGGUUUUAGAGUGGUUUUGCAUCUAGAUAAAUUUCGGUGCUUUGUGUCUCUUUUGUCAGUUUGUGUUUCGUUUCAGUCAUUUUGCACUUUUUAUUGUGAUUUUUAUUCACUCUGUGGUUGUUUUUGUUGGUUCUGUGGUUGUUUUUGUUGGUUCUGUGGUUGUUUUUGUUGGUUCUGUGGUUGUUUUCGUGUCUCAUGUCUACAUAAAUAUUGAAGCUGAGGUUCUUCCAACCUGUUGGAUCCCUCAGUUCUACUAGAACCAGAUAAAGGAGGUUCUAAUCCACAGUAGAUGCUAGCAGGUUCAAUUAGAACAUGUUUUUUAUGUUUCAACACCUAAAAUGAAGCUGGACUUUAGGAACAGAUAAACAGAAUCUAUCUCUGUGGUUCUCUAAAGCUGACUGAGAACCAGAGGAUGUUUCAUGUGUUCUGCUUCACUAAGAGGAUUAUCUCAUCCAGCAUGUAACAGAACAACACAAAUCUGGAUUCAGUCGUCAGAGAGACGAAUGAAACCAUAGAAACCUGCUGGAGGCCGCGUCACAUGACCAGAAGUAGAACCACCGGAGUUCUGGUUGGACGGGUUCUAGUCAGAACUUCGUGUUUAUGGAGAUGAUUUCAGCGAACGCCAAAGUUCUAAAAAUAAACUAAACCAGAUGACGUUCUACGAUAACAGAGGAGGAACGUUUUCAAAUCGGCGUUAAAAAAAGUUCUCCAGAUGUUUUUGAGGCUUAAGAUGACAGAACGUUCUUUAUUAGACGUUCCUGUAACGUGAUAUAUUAACAAAGUGGAACUUCCUGUCUGAGAUUUUAAGGAACACAUUAAAGAACGUUCUGCUAUAAAGCGCUGUUCCACAUUAAUGAUAGAACAACGUUCUCCAACCAACGAAAGAGGAAUGUUCUUAAGAUUUGAUAAAGGUGGAACAUUCUGGCUGCAACGUUCUAGGGAUUUUGCUGAGGGAACACAGUAAAGGAUCUAUGAAAUGUUCUCAGUGUUCCAACAUUUGGUCUGGAGAACUCUGAGGCAGAACAGUUUAAAAUCAUCAAACAUUUUUAGUUCUCCUGCUUUUUAAGAAGAACAUUCUGGGAGCCUCCUGCUGUAGAUGCUACCGGAACCUUUGCAGAACCUUCUCAGAACCUUGCUAUAUGUGCUGUGAGCAUCUUUAAAGUGCAGAUUGUUUUUGUGGAACCUUUCCUCGCAGAAGAUUUUUGUUUUGUUUUUUUACAGUGAAGAUGAUGAAGGUGAGCAGAGAUGAAGAGGAACCAGGAAGGAGGUCAAGAAGAUGAGGAGGAGAACAGAAGGAACCAGAAGCCACCAGUUCCUCUCCAGGAGAACAGCGCCUCCUCCUCCUCCAUCCCCCGGUGCUCCUCCUCCUCUCCAUGCCGGCGGAGCGGAGCUGUCCGCGGGGCUGCCAUGGCGAAGAUCCGGGUGUCUUAUGAGUACUCCGAGGCCGAGGACAAGAGCAUCCGGCUGGGCUUGUUCCUGAUCGCCUGCGGCAUCCUGAGCCUCUUCAUCCUCGGCUUCUGCUGGCUCAGUCCGACGCUGCAGAGCCUCCAGAGCAAGCCGGCCAACUGCACGGUGGUGUCGGUGCUGCGUCCAGAGGAGAUGUUCGAAUGCGUCUUCACCUGUGGAGCUGAUUGUAAAGGAACGUCGCUUUAUCCCUGCCUGCAGAUCUUCGUCAACAACUCGGAGUCCAACUCGGUGGCUCUGCUGCACUUCGACGAGCAGCAGCUGGUCCUGAACCCGAAGUGUUCCUACGUUCCGCCCUGUGAGAGGGACAACCAGAAGAACAAAGACAGCGUCCUGUGGUGGGAGGAUUACUUCACCAGAGAGGUCAGCAGUCAGUCCUUCACCUGCUUCUUCAACCAGCAGAGGAGACCCGAUGACGUCUUGUGGCGUCGUUCCCACGACACCAGCGUCCUGCUGCACUGCGUCCUCUGGCCAAUGGUGUCGCUGCUUCUGGGCACGCUCAUUGUGCUCCUGACGGUUUGCGCCCGCUCACUGGCCGUUCGCGCCGAAGCCCUCCAGAAGAGGAAGUGUUCCUACGAGGUUUGCCAGGACCUGUCGGCCGCCAUGCCUUCGGAUCGCCGCGGCAACAUGGCCAGAGACCCCCUGACGACAAACUCUGAUGACCCCGAGCUGUUGUCGCCGUCCAGGACCCUGCCGUUGUUUGCAGUGCCGAUUCGGCGCCGAGACCGGGAACAUUGAAGCAGAACGGAAAGAUUUUUUUUGGCGGCGUAAAAUGCGAGGACGCCACCUGCUGGAGGAGUUUCUAGAUCCGAGGUGUUGAAGAAGAUGAAGGGAAACCUGUUGCCUUCAGCAGAAACACUGUAGACAAACGUCCUGAAACUAUCGUAUGAGUAGAAUCUCCUGAGCUGCUGUUGAAGCGGUUCUGGUUGGGUUCUGAUCGCUGGUUCCACUUUGAAUCUGGUUUCUAGUCUUGAAAAUUCCAGAUUUAUUCAGCUCCGGUGCUAAAGAAUCUCUCAUCAAAUCUUCUGGUUAGUUUGUCAGCAGAAACCUUAAAGACGUGAAACUGUCUUAUCUGAGAAAACACUGACGAACAAUGAGACUAAAUAACCAAUCAGUUCAUCAGGAAAACAACCAACAGAUUAAUCCACCGUGUAAAUAAUCAAUAGUUCCAUCCAAACCUCACAUUGUUGACACCACAAAAAGGCCAAAAUUACAAAAUGAUAAAAACCAUGAAAUUACCACAAAAAACAUUUAAACCACAAGAAAGACCACACCACAAAAAGAUUCAAAAUGAACACGAUAAGACACAAAAUUACCAGAAAAACACACAAAAUGACCACAUAAAGAUGCUAAAUUACCUAAAAGAGACACACAAUUCAGCCAAGGAUUGAAAAUCUCACAAAACUACCAUGAAAAGACACAAAAUCAACACAAAAAGGUAAAAAAUCAAGACAAAAAUAUUGGAAUGACUCCAAUAAUUAUUAAAAUAGUUGCAUAAUAAUUUCAUCAGUUAAUCAGUCGACUAAUUAGUUCUAGUUCCAUUUUUGAUUUCGGAUUUUCAGGAAAACUGGAUGCAAGAUGUUUUUUCCAGCUGUUAUUUCAACAAAAUCAAUCUUGGCUCCUAAUCUGUGUUGUUUUUCAGGUCGUUUUUGUGAAAUUUAACUUUGAGAUUUGAUUGGAGAUUCAUUAAAAAGCCGUCGGAGCCCAACCAGAGAUCCGAGGACGUUCAAUCUUUACUGUAGCUCUUCUUCUACUGUAGUUUCCCUCCAAGUCCCAGUAGCCAUAAAUGUUUCUGAGAUCCUUCUGUAACCAGACUUUGACAGACCAGGCUUUAUAUAUUCAGAUAUAUAUAUAUAUAUAUAAAUAGAUAUAUGUGGAAAUGAAGGACGUCGACUGCAGCACUUUGUACCUGAACCAUGUUUUAGCUUCAUUUGUCCAGAAGAGCAUGAAGCCGGAACAUUAACUGUCUCAUUUAGAGUUUUAUUUUCAUCCAGAAAAGUCUCCAGAUUCAACUUUAAUCAUUUAAAAGACUCAAAGAAACCAGUGAGCAGGUGAAAGUCAAUAACUGGAGGUAAAUUUAAAUAAUUGAACCGACAUUGUUAAUUAUUAACGUAUUGAAAUGUGCUCAUCAGAGGCCCGUUAGCGGCUCCUGGUGAUGUCGGACCUCCUCCUAAUGACGCUCUUUGAACCGUGGAGGUGUUUGCAGACAGCAGGAACGUAAACGUUGGAGGUCAAACCGGCUGCUAAGAUCACUGAGAAACUGGAAAAACUGAAACAAAGACGAGUUUCUGUUGGUUGUUUGAUUCAAGAACUGAAUUUAAUAGAAUCUGAGAGAAAUGUGAAGAUGUUGAAGCCGAAGCUGACUGAUUUUUGUCCAAUUUUAUUUUAAAAAAUCAGAGAAAAUCAGCAAAAGAAAACGUGAAUUAUGUGAGUUUUAGCUCUCUGAACUCCAAGCAGCAGUUUCUGGGUGUUUGUUUUUAACCUCCUGUCACUGUAAAUCUAUGGAAACCUAACAUGAAGAAAAACAGAGAACUCAGAAAUGUCUUCUGUUAGUUAGAAUGAUGGAAAUCUGAAAAAAAGUUUAAAUUGGAGAAACCAAAUCAAAAACAUGCUAAAAUCCCACAAAACCAUCAGGAAAAGACACAAAAUCAACACAAAAGGUGCAAAACUAAUACAAAAACUUUUAAAAUCACGACAAAAAGCAUGAAAUAACACAAAAGGGAUUCAAAAUCACCACAAAAACAUGCAAACCCACCAUGAACAAACACAAAAUUAUUCCGAGAUGCAAAAUAACAAGCUAUGAGUAUAACACAGAAUGACACAAAUCUGAAGAAAAGAAACGGUUGAAAUUCGUGAAACCACUGCAAAAAGAUGCUAAAUUACCUGAAAUUUACACAAAAUCCCCACAAAAAGAAGCAGAAAAGCACAAAAGAUGUAAAAUAACCUGAAAAAUACUCAAAAUUACCAAAAAGAUACAAAAACACUCAAAAGUACCACAAACAGAUUCUCAAAAGUCUCAGCAUUAUCACAAAAACACUCAAAAAUACCACUAAAGCAACACAAAAGAUGUGAAAUUACUACAAAAACACUCAAAAUUGCCAAAAGAAAACCACUCAAAGAUAUUAAGACUCCAAAGAGAUGCAGAAUCGCUACAUAAAGGUCAAAUUAAAAUCAAAAAUCACCACAAAAGGACACAAUAUCGCCACAAAAUCACCGUGAAAACAAAUCCCCACAAAAAGAUGCUAAUUUACCAUAAAAUGACACAAACAAAGACUCCAAGAACCAUGGUGUUUGUGCUUUUUUCUAAAGACGUUUUCAAACCCUUCAGCAGGUUUUUGGGGUUCAGACGUUAAAAUUGUAAAAGACGCUUUCAGACUUUGAUGUCCAGGAUGAUCUGAUUCCUCUGAUCUGGUGUUCUUCCUUCUUUUAGAUAAAGUCUGAACAGAUCGUAGCGAAAACCAGCGGGUUCUAAAGAGAACGUUCCUCAGAGAGCGUAUGAAUGUAGCUUCAAGAGAAAACUGUCGGUGCCUGAAGGAAGCAAACUAAAGUCACUUUUACCUUCUUCUUCCACUUUCUUUUCUUCUUUUUUUCCCUUUUUGUCCUUUAAUCUUCAUUGCUUUCUUUCCCAGUUUCACACUAAAAUGUGUAAAAUAUGCGUUGGUCUGCAGUGUAUUAUCUAUAAAGAUAGAAAAUUACCACAGAAAGAUACCAAAUUACCUUAAAAAGACUCAAAAUUACCACCAAAAGACCUAAAAUUACCAUAAAAAGCCAUAAAAUCACCACAAAAUGGUAAAAAAAAAACUCAAAAUGACCACGAAAAGAUUACAAUUAGCUCAAAAAGGCAAAAAAUUUGCAAAGAAAGAUGUGAAAUCCCCACAAAAAGACUCAAAAUCCCCACAAUGCCAUGCUAAAGUACCACAAAAAUAAUAAAUCUCUCCAAAACAGAUGCCCAAUCACCUAAAACAAAAAAUUUAAAUUACAAGAAAAAGAUGUUAAAUCACCACCAAAGACCCAAAAUUACCUUAACAAGACUAAAAAGCAUCAUUAAAAAGAUGCAAAAUUACCGUAUAAAGACUCAAAACUACCAUAAAAACAUUCAAAAUUACAGCCAAAAUACUCAAAACAGCACAAAAAAUCAAUAUGACCCAAAAUUACCUUAAAAAGAUAAAAUUACCACAAAAGACUCAAAAUCACCAACAAAUGACGCAAAAUUCCCCCAAAAUCACCAUGAAAACAAAUCGCCACAAAAAACCGUGAAACCAACAGGAGUCAAAUCUCUAAUUUACGUCUUUUAGAGGCAUCGAACUUCAACCCUAACUGUGAACUUUUACCUGAACUGAGGAAGUUUUGUAGCAGAACGAUUCACUGUCAACCAACAUUUUCAUUGGUUUUCUUUCUUUCUUUCUUAUUCUUUUUUUCUUCCCCUGUCUUACUUUCCUUUUCCAGUUUUUUUCUGUGCUAAAAUCACAAACCUGUUGGAUAAAAACUCUGAAUCAAACCAUAAAACUAAAGGAAAUCUUUGCUGUCAGCUGUUAUUUUUCUGAUCAUCCAGGUUUAAAACGAUUCUGUUCUUUGGGUUUUCCUCCAGUCGUCCAUCCUCUCCAAAGAAAAAGUAGCUUCUUGGUAGCAUUUCUGUGUUUUUAAGAGACUUUAAGAGCUUUUCUUUGUCUGUCUGUUGGGUUUUCUAUCUGAAGCCAUAAGCUGGACUUUAAACAGGAAGUGUUUGGUCUUUCAUCGACCUUCUGAUUGAUUUUGUCUCCGACCUGUGAAAUCCUGACCAGUAUACUGUCUGUCAACUCCUUCAUCUGCUGUACUUCCAUGGUUUUUCCUGUUCUCGCUGGUUUUCCAUGAACUCUGAGUGUCGUCUGCGGGUGUUUUCUCGUCGUCCAUCUUUGUUCGGACCCUCAGCACUGUACCAUGUGACCCAGGUAGCCGCUUCGCCAUGUUUAAUAAUAAACAACUAUUGUGCCUGAUAGAGAUCUUUAAAUAAAAACACACUGUCUUCAAA